AGCGAAUCUAAGGAAACUCAAGAAUUAGAUGAAAAUGAAUUAACAACGAUGCCGCCAGUGAUUACAGUCAGUCCGAAUGACAAGAAUUUGCUGAUGAAAACUGACAAUAAGGAGAGGAUGCCAAUUCCAGGGGAAAUAAAUAUUACGCCUUCUUGGGACAAUGAAGUUUGCUGGGAUUUUGAAAAAAAAUAUUGCGAGCAUCUGUCAGAUGUGUUUAACUAUUCAUCAGAUUGUGAUAGUGACGAAUAUUGCAAUUAUAUAUCUGAAGGUGGAAAGUGUUGUGAAAUUCCUUGUGAUGAUAUAACGAAGAAGUGUCGGUUCCCAGUAGAUAAUCCGGAUCUUGUGCUUUCUUUCUCUCCUGAAUCGGAUCGUGGUUCCACGAUAGUAUCCACAUUUGGAGAACAUAUAAUGGAACGAGUUUCACAACUUCCAAGAAAAUGAAACAUUCUUUUUGACUUGAAACACUAAAAAAAAGAUAGAUUGAUAUCUGAAGUCUCCAAGAAAACGAAACAUUCCUUUUGAUUGAAACACUAAGAAUACUUUAUUUCGUUGAGUUCAUAAGUCUUGUUAUGAGAU